UAAAAACGCUCACCCAUACCAAGACGAAACACAAAAACAAAAACGAGCGCGUUUAAAAACGCUUUUCGUGUGAAGGGAAAUUUACAAUUUAAAUGAAGUAAGGAUCUCUUCUCUGUUACGCUCUAGAUUCUGCCGCGUGGUGUUCUAUAUAAGAGUGAGACCCGAUCCAGAUCGUUUGUCAGAUCAUCGCAAGAUGCCGAGGCAGUCGCUUCUGCCCCUCCUAGUCCCCUUCCUCCUUCUGCUCGUCGUCUGCCCCUUGGGGCGGGUGUCGGGCAAGGUCUUCGAUCGAUGCGAGCUAGCCAAGCUCCUGCAGCAUCGUUUCGGACUACCCUCUGCCCAGGUGGCGACCCUGGUGUGCAUUGCCCAGCACUCGAGUGACCUGAACACGGCCGCCUUCGGUGGUGGCACUGGACCGGGAGGCGGCUCCCAUGGCAUCUUCCAGAUCAGCGACGUUUACUGGUGCUCCCCGCCCGGACAAGGCGCGGGCUGUGGCCUGAGCUGCUCUCGCCUGCGGGAUGAUGACAUCGCGGACGAUGUCCUGUGUGUGCGGAAGAUCUACGCGGAGCACCAGAGGAUUUCGGGCGAUGGAUUCUCCGCGUGGCAGGCCUACAGCGCGUACUGUCGCCAGGACGUGGCCUCCUAUGUGGCAGGAUGUGGCGUGGGAGUCAGCGGAACAGCUCUCUCGGUGGCCGCCUCCUAUCAGCACCCGCAACAGGUGAAGGUGAACCACUACCAGGGACAACCACAGGUGCCACUGGCGGUGGCUCCCGUCCAGCGCCAAGCAAAGAUUUACAAUCGCUGUGAGCUGGCCCAGGAGCUGUACUACCAACACAAACUUCCCAUGCCCCAGAUCCCCACCUGGGUGUGCAUUGCCCAGCACGAGUCCUCCUUCAACACGGCAGCGGUGGGUCGUCUCAAUGCGGAUGGGAGUGCGGAUCAUGGACUGUUCCAGAUCAGCGAUCUAUUCUGGUGCACACACGAUCAGCGGGCGGGAAAGGGCUGUCAUGCCACGUGCAAUCAGUUCCUGGACACCAGCAUAUCGGAUGAUGUGCAGUGCAUACGGAGGAUCCAUCAGGAGCACACCCAGAUCUCCGGCGAUGGCUUCAAUGCCUGGACUGUCUACAAAAGGAACUGCCUGGAUCAGCACUACGAGCAGGUGGCGGCCUGUUUCGCCAAGCCCCAGGUGAUCGCCAGCCAUCCAAAUGCCAUUGGGGGAUCACCCAUUAAAUCAAAGGUCAGCUAUGCAUAUCAAUUCGGUCAGAAGAAGAUCACUCCUGUGGCUCCGGUGGCUCCCAUUGCCAAUCAAUACUAUAAGCCAGCCCCACCCUUGCUCACCUACCAGCGAGUGGGUGUGAGCUAUCAGGGCAAUCCCUUCCUGAAACCACCUCAAGCUGCGCCUCAGCGUGCGGCUCAGUCCCACCCCAAUGCCAUUGGCUUCGGCGGAAAGGUGGGCCAGAGCCUGGCCAAUCCCUUCUUUAGCCACAAGCAGACACAACACACAACACAGCAUUAUCAGCAACACUAUCAGCAGGCACAUUACCAGCAGCAGUAUCUGCACAGCACACACAGCACACCAGUAAUCACAUCCACAUCCACAUCCCGGACGGGUACGGGUACGGGAUAUAGCCACCUGGGUGUGCAUCGCCGAGCAUGAGUCCUCCCUCAAGACGGCGGCCGUGGGGCGCCUCAAUGCGGACGGGA